AAUCAUACAGGGACAUUCUGUAAGACCUGACACCAAAUUAGGGUUUUAAAACACACACACAAAAAGGUCCGAUACAGCCCAGAAAAAAGCAGGACGGAACAGGGAACAGAUUUGAGAGUAGAAACACUGAGGGAGGGAGUCAGUGGAACGCACAGGGAAUGCACCAGCAGGAAUCUAUUUUCUUUACACAGCAACUUCCUGUCCAGAUACAUGCAGAACGACAGAGAAGACUAUUUUUGCUGUUCUUACUGUGGUUAAAACAGGCGAUAAGUUUAUUUGAAUUUAUUGCUGCACAUCUAUCUGAUGUGAUGGGUGACUGAUCAUCUGCCUGACUGAUGAUGGGUGAAGACAGGAGUCACAUGUCAGAGAAGAUAUUAAAUCUCACGCUGGAGAUCAUCUAUCUCCUGACUGGAAAGAACUACACAGUUGUGAAGAAGACAUCUAGUGAAUGUGCAACAAUCAGCAGUGGUCCAUGCCCAUCUCAAGGAUUCAGCAGGAACCAGAGCCCUAUCAUAGAGCCUCCACCUCUCUCACUUAUACACGAAGGAGACAAUGACCAGAAAAUUCUGGGACUCACCAACAAGAUCAUUCAGCUGCUGACUGGAGAGGUUCCUGUAAGGUGUCAGGAUGUCACUGUCUAUUUCUCCAUGGAAGAGUGGGGGUAUGUAGAAGAACACAAGGACCUGUAUAAGGAUGUGAUGGUGGAGAAUCACCAGAUACUUACAUCACUAGAUUUACUGGAUGUUCCCGAACUAUCUGGCGGAUUACACAGUACAAUUUAUUCACCGGGAGAAGAUCACAGUCUUUUAGCAAAGAACCAGGCUACAAAAUAUUUAUUGAAUGAACCGAGCGUUACCAGCUGUCAGCCAACCGUGACUGAGAAAUCACAUGCACACUGUUUUAAAUCUACACAGGUUAAAGACGAACCAUGUGAAGAGAGAAAUCUCAUAGACCAUACACAGAGGCAGUAUGCAGCCACUUAUAUUAAGGAGAAACCAGGCUCAUGUCAGGAAAAUCUCACAGACUAUACACAGAGGCAGUAUGCAGCCACUUAUAUUAAGGAGGAACCACUGUCAUAUGAAGAACUGACAGACAUGGAUAUUUAUAUAUCCACAAAACAGGCACCAAAUGGUUCUUCUCACAUAAAGGAGGAAUUGGUCUCAGGGAUAGAAGGUCCUUUCACAGAAACAGAUCAUAUACAGACACAGUACAUAUUACCUGAUAUUAAAGAGGACCCGGAUGCUGAGAUUUUUGCCACACAGGAUACAAAGAUGGAAUCCACCCUGGAUUAUAUAGAGGACUCUGUUUCUGGCCCAGAGGGAAAUCUCUCAGCUUUUGAUGUCAGUGUCCCCACAGCACCGCCACCUUGCAUUCAGCAGAAUGGUAAGAGCAGCCAGAAACGUCAGACCAGAGCGGACGCAGUCGCGUGUCCUGAAUGUGGGAAGUGUUUUCAGCGUAAAUCUAAUCUCUACAGACACCAGAGGAUUCACAGAGGCGAGAAACCCUACCCUUGCUCCGAGUGUGGGAAACGUUUCAAUAGCAACUCAGAUCUCCGCAAGCAUCAGAGGAUUCACACAGGGGAAAAACCCUAUUGUUGCUCUAUAUGUGGUAAACUCUUCAUCAGUAACUCGAAUCUACUCAGGCACCAGAGAAGUCACAGAGAAGGGGAAACAUAUUCCUGUGCUGACUGUAAGGAAUCUUUUGGCCAUAGCUUUGAUCUUAAAAGACAUCAGGGUAUUCACAACACUGAGAAAUCCUUGUACUGCGAUGAGUGCGGGAAAUGCUUUAGCAGUGCCACAAAUCUGGCUAAGCACCAAAGGAUCCACAAAAAAGAGAGGCCCUAUUCUUGUACCACAUGUGGAAAGUGUUUCCUGUAUAACUCUGAUCUCUCCAAACACUACAGGACCCACACGGGAGAAAAACCGUACUCUUGCCCUGUCUGCGGGAAACGCUUUAACAGGAAAGAUUAUCUAGUUUUACAUCAGAAAAUCCACAGCGGAGAGGGACCAAGACAUAAUACACCUAUGUACUAUGCCCCUACUGAUACUCAGGAUGGACCUGUUCCUAUUGAAGCAAGUAUACGCACAGACACACUGACCCCAGAUGAUACUACGCUAGAGUAUACAUUAGUUCAUAUUACAAAAGCUGCAGUUUCAUGUGAAGGAGGAAAUCUCAUAGAACCAGAGAUUUCUUCUAAAUCCACAGAUCAUACACAGUUAAACGAUUCAUCUACACAGAUAAAGGAGUAUUCAGUCUUAUGUGAAAAUGAAGAAGUCAUACAUACCGUCCAUCAGACACAACAUAAAUCUAUUUGUAUUGCAGAAGAUAGUAAUCAGAACGAGGAGACACCAUACAUGUGUUCUGAAUGCGGGAAGAGAUUUAAGCUUAAAUCCUCCCUUUCUAGACAUCAACAUAAGCACAAAGAAGGGAGGCCAUUUUGUUGCAGUGACUGUGGAAAACGUUUCCUCAGUAGGUCAGCUCUGGAUAGGCAUCAGAUAAAUCACAUAGGAGCAAAAUCCUAUUCCUGCUCGGAAUGUGGGAAGUGUUUUAACAGUGACUCGAAGCUUGUUAAACAUCAGCUCAGUCACACAGGUGGAAACAAAUAUUGCUGUUCUCUGUGUGGUAAAGUAUUCACGUGUAAUACAAAACUUAUUAUACACCAGAGAACCCACACAGGAGAGAAACCCUAUCCCUGUGCUGAAUGUGGCAAGUGUUUUGUCAGGAGAGAACACCUUGUUUUACAUGAGCGAAUUCACACCGGAGAUAAACCGUAUGCUUGCUCUAAAUGUGGGAAAUGUUUUGUGAGCAGGUCAAAGCUUAUUAUACACCAGAGAACUCACACAGGGGAGAAACCCUUUGCUUGUUCGGAAUGCGGGAAAUGUUUUGCCCAAAAGUCACUACUUCGCAGACAUCAGUCAAAUCACACGGGGGAAAAGCCAUACUCCUGCGCUGAAUGCGGCAAGUGUUUUAUAAGCAAUUCGUAUCUUGUUAUACAUCAGAGAAGCCAUACAGGGGAGAAACCCUAUGCUUGUGGUGAGUGUGGGAAACAUUUUAUCAGUAGCUCCAAUCUCGCUGCGCAUCAGAGAACUCACAAAGCAAAUAAUCCAAAUUCUUGAGUGUUGUGUGUGGCAAUUGCUUUACCUGUAAGGGAUCGGGUCUCUUGUUAUGCAUCAGAGAAUUCACACUGCCGAGAAACCGUAUUCUUGUGCUGAAUAUGGGAGAGGUUUUAUUAAUAAGUCAGCUCUUGUUAAGGGGAAGAUGUGUCAAAACUUUGAAAGAGAAAG